GCGGAUAUUUGGCAAAGAUGACCGGGAUGUGGCCAUUGAGGAGCUCCAGCUGAGCCACGGCCUCUCCAAGAAGGAGGCAGACAAGGUGAUGACGAUGUUCGCCUGCAAGGUGGACCUCGGCCACCUGGCUUCAAAGAUUAAGGAUAGUGUCCCCUUACAGUCCCGAUACUGGUACUGGAUACCCAUAGGUAAGCAGUAUGCCUACUUGCUGCAGCAAGUCACCCUGGGGCGGCUGAAGCCAGAUGGGUUCAUCCUCAGGCCACAGACGGCUCCAAAGAGGAAGCCCAAAUACCUGAUCGAUGCCAAGCUCCCAUCGGAAAUCGCGCUGCUUGAGGAAGUGGCACAGCAGUACAACUUCUGCACCUCCUACUCCGCGAGUGUGCACGCCCCCUUGGGCCAGUCACAGGACUCUACUUUCUCUCCCAUCCCUGUGGAUCAGAGCUCGCCCGACAUUUGGAAGGUCGUGGGUGGGAAAGUCUGCAGUGGGCCGGUUUCAUCAGGAUUUAUCGGUGUCGGCCUCACGUGCAGCUAA